UUGCAUUAAACCAGGAGCCAAUCGAAACAAUUGUUCAAAAUGAUGAAGAACUUGUUGCUCUUAGUUUUGUGCGCUUCAGCAUUAACUGCGGUUGUCGAAUGUGCUAAAGUUGUUGGUUGCUAUUAUGGAAGUUGGGCAUUGUACAGACAAAGUAUUGGGCGCUUCAGUACGGAGAAUAUAGAUCCUUCUCUAUGUACCCAUGUUUAUUACUGUUUUCUUGGAUUGAACAGAAAUACUCAAGAAAUCGAAGUUUUUGAUUCAAAUGUUGACUUGGAUCGAGGAGGAUAUCGCAAUUUUACGGGUUUUAAAGCUCGUUAUCCAAACGUGAAAUUUUCAAUUGCUAUUGGUGGAUGGAACCAAGGUUCUUAUGCCUUUUCUGCACUAUGUCAGAACGCCACCAAACGAGCACGUUUUAUUCAACAGAUCAUAGAGUUCAUAAAAACUUAUAAAUUCGAUGGACUAGAAUUGGAUUGGGAAUAUCCAACUCAAAGGGAUUCUGCAUAUGGAGCAGCAGAUAAGGACAAUUUCAUGUUACUAUUGAAAGAAAUAAAGCAGGCUUUCGAACCGUUGGGACUUCUAAUUACAGUAGCAGUGGGAUCAUCACCAAGUUAUAUCGGUUCCGCUUACGACGUUCCGGCACUUUCAAAGGUAGUCGAUCUAAUUAAUUUCAUGACUUACGACAUACACGGAUCUUGGGAUGGCGUUGCUGGAAUAAAUGCACCCCUCUACGACCCUGCUGGAAGUACAAGUGUGGAGGCUUUUGUGAAUAGCUGGCUUGAUGCUGGCGUUGAUCCUAAAAAGCUAAUUGUGGGAAUUCCUUUCUAUGGAAAGUCGUAUACACUGGCUAAUGCAUCCAAUAACGCGAUUGGAGCACCCAUCACCGGCGGAGGUGAACCUGGCCCAUAUCUUCUAGAUUCAAGCAAUUUAGUUUAUUACGAGAUCUUAGAAAAGCUCCAGCAAGGAUGGACUGAAGUAUAUGAUAAAAAUUAUCAAUCCCCUUAUGCAUAUUCAGGAAACCAAUGGGUUGGUUACGACAAUGUGAGAUCUGUUUUAGCUAAGGUAAGAUUCGCCUGUUCCAAAGGUCUUGGAGGCGUUAUGAAUUGGGCAAUUGAUGAAGACGACUUCGGUGGUUAUUUUGGACGAAAGUAUCCCCUUCUUAAAGCUAUGAAUGUGAUGAAAAGAUGUAGAAAGUAGAAAACUAAAAAUUUACUUAUAACGCAGAUUUAUCACGUCCCUGAUGAAAACUUUCAACUUUCUGGAGUUGCUGUUCAACAUGUAUUUUUAUCUAAUCUGCUAAAUAAAUAAAUCUUAGUUA